AAUUCAGCAGUGACUCGCCAAAGUGUCAGUUUACUCCAAGUUUUUUCCCCUUCUUCUUCUUCUUCUUCUUCCAUAGGACACCACGCCUUUGCAGAUGGUUGACUGGGCUCGAUCUCCUGCCAACCACCUCUACCGCUGAGUUUGCAGCCUAGGUAUGUUGUGUCACUCAAAUCACCGCGAAUCAUGUCCAAUGUUGCGCCAGCCUCCGCGCCAUGCGUCGCAGCACAGCAGCACAGCAGCACACACACACACAGACUCCCCCCCCCUUCCCCCGCAUCGCCCUACAAUAGUCUUUCUUGGCUUUUUGUUUUUCUUCGUCUUUCCUCCCCUUCCUUUUCUUUUAUUUCACUUUGAAGGCGCAAAAAGACGAGUCAGUCCUCAUCUGGUGACCCUACCGGUAGUCGCUCAACGACAUGCCGCUCGGAUUGCUGCGAUCUUACGUUAGACUCCUUCGCCCCACCCCCUGCACCCACCCCCCGAUCAAUGGCCGCCUCGUGCAUCUC